AUGACAGUUUCCUCCUGUGUGUGUGUGUGUCUCUCUCUCUCCUUCUCUCUCUCUCUCUCUCUCUCUCUCUCUCUGUCAUACGCGCGAUUUUCGUCCCCCGUCUCUUUCUUCAAACCCUCUGUCCUGCUCGUUCGCGCUCCCACCAUGGAACAUCCAAACUCCUCGUCUCACCGUUCAUCACAUACCCUCGCUCCUCUCGCUUCUCUUUUCCACCUGAUUUUCUCUGUAUUCCUCUCUGUCGGUCCUUUCUGACAAAAGUGCAUUAUUACACUGCAAUGAAAAGGGAUAAUGUACCCCGGUUGCGCUCCGUUAUUUCUCCAUUAAUCCUACUUUGCUGGUGGCAGUCGUGGUUUCAACAUUUUUCCCCCUUUCUAUUUCGGCUGCUAAUCAAUUAGAAUUAAAAAAGUGUGAAAUAACGAGACGAGAGAAAUGACGAGGUUCAUCGUGUAAUAGUGACAUUACGAUUUUCCCUUUCUGUGUUCUCUUUCUUUCCAACUCGCAAACUCUCCAUGAUAGUAACAUAAAGGAAAUUUUAAACGAAAGAGGUAAAUUCUGCUGUUGCUGUGGGAUUUUUUAAAAUCCGGGUAAGCACGGUACAACGUUUGUUAGACUCUCGAAAGGAGAAUUAAUGAAAUGGCGAUAGGUAUUUGCAGUACCGUAAAAUGAAAAUGAAUAAACAGAAAACCAUGAUCCGUUAUGAUUACCAGUAAUAUAGUCAAUUAAUGAAAUGUUAUUGAUAGAAGAAGAGUACAUAUGAUAAAUACAACUUAAUUCUUGUAUAUUGGAAAGAAAGGAAUUAUCGAUCAUAUAUUCUUACAUUAUUUGCUCAAAUAAUUAAAGCAUCCUCAAGUGUGUGCAUUCUUUGAUAAGAUACAUACCACUAUUUCGAAAUCAGAUCUGAGCAGCGCAAUCCUUGCUUGUCCCUGCAUUCUAUCGAUGCACUUGCAUGCACUUUUAUAAUGUUUAAUUUUACCACAAUACGGCGCUGGUGAAGUUAUCAACGGGCGCUUUGAAUUUCACCACGCUCUUUGUAAACACGCGUCCUUCCCUGUCGACGGCUCGAGUGUGUCUUUAUACUAUUUUUGAUCGCUUGCUUUAUGAUACGCCACUUGUUUCGUUUAUUCUCAAGUUGACCACCAUCUUUAAGAAAACAAAUUAUUCUUGUAGAGUAUCUUACGGACCUAGUAUUUCAUUUGAAGGAAAUGAAGCGUUAAGUUAACAGUAGGCUGGUAAUGAGCUUUGUGUUGAGCUCGGCGUGUGCAUCAACCGAUGCAUAAUUGUGUUAAAUUCUUCUGUGACAAUAGUAACCAGAUCGUACGCAAUGCGAUAAAACUGUAGUUGUGUGCGCUGUCCACGUAACCAUAAUCGUAUUCAUACAAAAAUGUAAUCACCUUUCUGUGCGGUACUUAAAUGUCUUGAAAUACAUGCUUUCUAAAAUUUACUUGUUGGGCAUGAAUGGACAGGUGCAAUCCUCCAGGGAAAGGUUAGGAGGUUUUACUAACAGUACAAUAGGGCUGUUCUCUGGGAUUAUUGCCACUGACCGUGUUCCAAACAUACAACUAGCAGCUACUACAAACAAUGAACUACCUAUGGAUGAUUCCAAUGUUAGUACAGAAGUUGAUAGCAAAGUCAAAACAAAAUUAUUAUCCAUGUGGAAUAAUGUUAAAUAUGGCUGGACCAUCAAAGUAGUUAAACCAAAUUUCUCAAAAGAAUCUCCAGUAUGCUUACUUGGAAAAAUUUAUCGCAAAAAGCCAGAAGAAUUUUUGGAAAAGGCUUCCGAAGCUGAAAAGACUUUAGACACUGGAAGUGAAAUAUCUUUAGCUAUGGAUGCUAUUAGUUUUGAAGAUGGCAUAGAGGAAUUUAAGAAGGAUUUCACCUCGCGUCUUUGGUUAACAUAUAGAAGGGAAUUUCCUAUAUUGAAUGGUUCUACAUUUACCACUGACUGUGGUUGGGGAUGUAUGCUACGUAGUGGUCAAAUGAUGUUGGCACAGGCAUUGGUCUGCCAUUUUCUUGGAAGAGAAUGGCGAUGGCAGGUAGACCAACCACUAAAAACAGAACAACAAAAAUUGGAUGAACAUAAUCACAGGUUAAUAAUUAAAUCGUUUGGAGAUCUACCAGACAGCACAUCUCCAUUUUCCAUACAUACACUUGUUUCUUUGGGUGCCCUGUGGGGAAAACGUGCAGGAGAUUGGUAUGGGCCUUCCUCUGUAGCUCAUCUUUUAAGCCAAGCAGUAGAACAAGCAGCAGAACGACAUCCAGUAUUUAGUAACUUGGCUGUUUAUGUUGCUCAAGAUUGUGCAGUUUAUCUGCAAGAUGUAGAAAAUGUAUGCCAAAUGCCGGAUGGCAAGUGGAAAUCUCUUAUACUUUUUGUACCUUUAAGGCUUGGUGCUGACAAAUUGAAUCCUGUUUAUGCAUCUUGCCUAACACAUUUACUUACGCUAAAUACCUGUAUUGGAGUUAUCGGUGGCCGACCUCGCCAUUCGCUUUAUUUUAUUGGUUUCCAGGAAGAUAAAUUAAUUAAUCUAGAUCCACAUUAUUGUCAAGAAACUGUUGAUGUAUUAAAAGAUAAUUUUCCUUUGACGAGUUUUCAUUGUACUUCACCGAGAAAAAUGUUAAUAUCAAAAAUGGAUCCUAGUUGUUGUGUUGGAUUUUAUUUUCAUAAUAAAAUGCAAUUUACAAACUUUAUGGAGAUUGCUCCCUCUUACUUGGUGCCGGAAGAUGAGAAAGUCGACUAUCCGAUGUUUUUAUUUUGCGAAGGGAGUGGGAAAGAUCUCCAACAAAAAAUUGAAAUUGCAGAAAACAUAAUUCCCACUACUGCCUCAUUUACAGGUAGUGGGACGUAUGAUGAUGAUCUUGACGAGUGCGAAGAAUUUGAACUAGUACAGUGAGAUAUUUAUCAUAGACAUUAAAGAAGAAAUAUCAUGUACUUAAAAAACA